AUGCACGGUGGAGGAGUCGAUUCCGAUAAGCACAAUGGAGCUGAUUCGGCUUCGUUGCGAGAGAAAGUGCAGCUGCGGCGUGGAGAGAAGUGGCGCAUCCUCAAAAACAUCAUCACCGUAUCCUUCGCAUUUAUGGUGCAGUUCACCGCGUUCCAGGGUACUGCGAACUUGCAAUCCUCCAUCAACGCGAAAGACGGUUUAGGCACCGUAUCACUCAGCGCCAUCUACGCGGCCCUCGUCGUGUCCUGCAUAUUCCUGCCGACGCUCGUGAUCCGCAAGCUGACGGUGAAAUGGACGCUGUGUGUCAGUAUGCUGUGCUACGCACCCUACAUAGCGUCGCAGUUCUAUCCGAAGUUCUACACAUUGGUACCGGCGGGCAUACUACUGGGACUCGGUGCGGCUCCAAUGUGGGCUAGCAAGGCCACGUAUCUGACGCAACUGGGCCAGGUAUACGCCAAACUGACCGAUCAGUCGGUGGAGGCCAUCAUCGUGCGCUUCUUUGGGUUCUUCUUCUUGGCCUGGCAAACGGCGGAACUGUGGGGCAAUCUGAUUUCCAGCCUUGUUCUCUCUAGUGGGGCACACGGGGCAGCCGCACCCAUCGACGAGAGCGGCAACGGGACUAUGCAUCAUGAUCAUGACGACUCCAACCUCCAAAGCUGUGGCGCGAACUUCUGCGUCGUCGAGACAUCCGACAAUGCCAACCUACAGCGUCCCCCCGAUUCGGAGAUCUUCGAAAUCUCAGCCAUCUAUCUUUCGUGCAUCAUAGCUGCUGUAGUCAUUAUCGCCGUGUUCCUAGAUCCUCUUUCCAGGUAUGGUGAGCGUCGCCGUGGUUCAAUUUCAGCCACAGAAAUAUCUGGCAUGCAACUGCUGUCGGCCACGUUCAAGCAGCUGAAAAAGGUCAACCAGCAGUUGCUGAUCCUGAUCACUGUCUUCAUUGGCAUGGAGCAGGCAUUCAUUGGUGCUGACUUCACGCAGGCAUACGUUUCGUGCGCCCUGGGCAUUCAUCAGAUCGGAUAUGUGAUGAUCUGUUUUGGUGUAGUCAACGCAAUAUGCUCCAUCAUAUUUGGAUCCGCGAUGAAAUACAUCGGGCGUGUUGUUAUCAUUAUUCUUGGAGCAUUUGUGCAUGGAGGAUGUAUUAUAUAUUUACUGUACUGGCGACCGCAUCCCGACCAUCAACUGGUAUUCUACAUUCUUUCUGGGUUGUGGGGAAUUGGAGAUGCAGUGUGGCAGACACAAAUUAAUGGUCUAUAUGGUGCCUUAUUCCGUCGAAAUAAGGAAGCUGCGUUUUCAAACUAUAGAUUAUGGGAAUCAGUUGGAUUUGUCAUUGCCUAUGCAUACUCUACGCAUCUAUGUGCACGUAUGAAGCUCUACUUGUUAUUUGGUGUUUUAGUUUGCGGAAUGAUCGGAUACACAAUUGUCGAAAUCCGUCAGCUAAAGAAGGAGAAACGCAUGAAGAAACUAGAAGAGAUUCCCAAACAACAACAAACGGAUGCCGACCGGAAAGCCAUCGAGGACGAUGAUGAGAAGGAUGAGCUGGAGGAAGAUAUUGUUGUAACACAUCUUUGAUGAUGUAAUCGAAAACGCGCAAUAUUCAAAUAAUGUUACUAAAACAAAAAAACAACAAAUCGCUAUACGAAUUAUAUACAAUUCACGUUAAAAAAAUUUCCAAUGAUGUUAUUUUGAGCCCUUCUACCUUA